AUUUGUGGAAAAGUGUUUCUGUGUUUGCUAGACGGUGCAAGAAAAACAUAAAAAUUUCCCCACAAAUGGAGCUUUCCAGUGACAAAUUCGGCUGCUAGUAGCAGAUUUGCAGCUGCACUAUCAUUUGCGAUAACGGAAAGAUCUCGGAAACAGUUGGUAUCCGUAGAAAAACGUUUUUUCACUUCAGCUGAUACGGGGGUCGCCAUUGUGUGCAGACGAAAACGACCAGCAGUUCCAUAACAGCAGGCUCCAGCUUCGAACAGACGGAAUUAGAAAUAGAAGGCCAUUUCAGAUUGGUGGAGAUUGUGCUUCGUCUGUUGGAACCGUUUUUGUCAGUUUGGGCGCUAGUGUAUGAUAUCGAUCAUCCAGUACACUCUGAAUAUGAUGAACAAUUUAAGCAAUAACAACAACAGUAAUACCGGAAGCAGUCAGAAUUCGGCAGCUGAGGGCACGAUGGAACGUGGAAGCUGUAUUCUGGUGCGAUAUGCAAGUCAAAAUUCGCUGGAUGAAAGUUCCCAAAAGCAGCUGCCUCGCUCGAAUGGCAAAGACAAAGCGACCGGGGCUUAUCAGAACAAAAUUCACACUCAGCGUUCGUUCGAGGCCAUGAACAAUAUGCGAGAACAAAAUCUCUUAUGCGACGUGAUACUGGUGGCCGAUGGCAUCGAGAUUCCUGCGCACAAAAUGGUCCUCGCUUCGUGUAGUCCGUAUUUCUACGCGAUGUUCACUGGAUUCGAAGAGAGCCGACAAGAUCGGAUCACCCUACAGGGUGUGGAUCCUCGGGCGCUGCAGUUGCUGAUGGAGUACGUUUACACAUCGGUUGUCGAAGUGACCGAAGAAAACGUACAGGUGCUUCUGACGGCGGCCAAUUUGCUGCAGCUGACCGAUGUGCGGGAUGCAUGCUGUGACUAUCUGCAGACUCAGCUGGAUCCUAGCAAUUGUUUGGGCAUUAGGGAUUUUGCCGACAUUCAUGGUUGCAUCGAUUUGCUCAACUACGCGGAAACUUACAUUGAGCAGCACUUUUCGGAAGUUGUUCAACAGGAAGAAUUCUUGAAUCUCACAAGUGAACAAGUGGUAAAUCUGAUUAAGAGCGAUAGACUUUCGGUUCCCUCGGAAGAAAAGGUCUACGAAUGUGUGAUUACCUGGAUCCAAUAUGACGUCCCCGGCCGUCAGUACUUUUUGGCCGACCUCAUGGAACACGUUCGGCUUCCCUUACUGUCCCAGGAAUAUCUGGUGCAGCGAGUCGAGAAAGAACACCUGCUCAAAGGUGAUCUACAGUGUAAGGAUUACAUCAUCGAAGCACUCAAGUAUCACUUGCUCAAGGGGGAGCAGAAGACUUCCUUCAAAACUCCGCGAACUAUUCCGCGACAACCGGUCGGAUUGCCAAAAGUGUUGCUGGUGAUUGGCGGACAAGCUCCGAAGGCUAUACGUUCUGUGGAAUGUUAUGAUUUGCGGGAGGAGCGAUGGUACCAGGUUGCCGAAAUGCCUACGAGACGAUGCCGUGCAGGGUUGGCUGUUUUGGGUGAUAAAGUGUACGCCAUCGGAGGAUUCAAUGGAUCGCUUCGGGUACGAACGGUGGACGUUUAUGAUCCCACGCAAGAUCAGUGGACUACUUGUAAUAGCAUGGAAGCUAGACGAUCUACGCUCGGUGUCGCUGUUUUGAAUCAUUGCAUUUAUGCCGUUGGAGGCUUCGAUGGAUCGACUGGCUUGAGUUCAGCAGAAAUGUUCGACCCGAGAACCCAAGAAUGGAGAUUUAUAGCUUCGAUGUCAACUAGACGAAGCUCGGUUGGAGUUGGUGUCGUUCACAGUUUGUUGUAUGCAGUAGGAGGCUACGAUGGAGCAUCGCGACAGUGUCUGGCAACUGUAGAACGGUACGAUCCUUCAACGGAUACAUGGACUCAAGUUGCAGAAAUGUCCGAGCGACGAAGUGGCGCUGGAGUAGGAGUUUUGGACAACAUUCUCUAUGCUGUUGGUGGGCAUGAUGGACCUUUAGUGAGGAAAUCUGUUGAAGCCUACAAUGCUGAUUCCAACACUUGGCAUAAGGUAGCCGAUAUGGCAUUCUGCAGACGCAAUGCCGGUGUUGUUGCCCACAAGGGAAUGUUGUUCGUAGUUGGAGGUGAUGAUGGAAGUUCCAAUUUGGCUUCAGUUGAGGUUUAUACUCCGGAAACCAACUCGUGGCGUUUGUUGCCGGCCUCGAUGAGUAUCGGGCGCAGUUAUGCUGGAGUGGCAAUGAUAGAUAAGCCCAUGUGAAGCGAACAGCAGGGCGAUUCCACCGCCACAGCAAACAAUAAUUCACGUUACGCAAAUUGUUCAAUAUUUGUCAAUAGUAGUGCAGCAAACAAUAGUCAAAACAACGAUGAUGAAAAUAGUCAAGCCGAAGGUUUAAAUUCGGAGGCCGGAGCAGUGGGAUACAAUCCACCUGCUCAAAACAAAACCCCUAACAAUAACGCCAAUGGUACUAAUAAUAAUAACACAAACAAUAAUAAUGUUCACUACGAAAAUAUUUACGAAUCGAUUGAGCAAUAUGCGGCUGUUGCUGCAGCAGCUGCUGCGGCCAAUGCUGGUGUGGCACCGGUCCCCCCUGCUGUAGUUCAGAACCCUUCACUAGUAGCAGUAGCAGCAGCAGCAGCAGCAAACAUUGCACCAACCCUCAACAACAAUCAACAACAUGGCCCAUCCGCAUCAGUAGCCUCAGAAAUGGCUCGUUUGCGUAACAAUAUGCAAAUGGGAGGAGUUUGUCCCCCUCCGCCUCCUAGUAUGCUGCAAAUGCAACAAAAUUUACAUCCUUCAGCCUACCGCAAUGAACUGUACGACAGAACAGCCGGUUAUGAUGUUCCUCGUGGAGGAAUGCGUAAUAACUACUAUCAAAAUGCAUCGAAUUUUGGGCCCGGAACCCGUUACCAGAACAUUAAUUUAGAUUUUAAUCGUCCUCGCUGUAAUCCAAGUAACAUCCGUACUCCGCGGCAACGAAGUUUUGAUGACACCGAAUCUUGUCAAUAUUAUAUGUAUCCCAAUCCAAAUGUCUGUUCAAAACAUGAUACCAACUUAUACGAGCGUGUUCGAGAGGAGCCUGCAUAUCAGAACACUGGAUCGGCUGCAAACAAUGCAUCCAACCGUGGUCUGUUCGGCAGAUUGGAUGUGAUCGGCCACGGAAUAGGACGCAUUGAACGCCAUUUGAGCUCUUCUUGUGGAAACAUCGAUCACUACAAUCUUGGAGGCCAUUACACAGUUAUGGGACACAGUCACCUUGGAGCUAUAGGUCACAUCAGGCUUAAUCCCUCGGCGAAUAAUAACACUUCUGGUACAGCCAAAGAUUCUUCUUCGGAGAAAGUAAAAAGUUUCUUCAGUUGCCUCGGAGGUGAAAAUUCUCAAUCUAUGAAUAAUAUAAGCAAAAACGGGAUACCCAAUCAACCAAAUAGCACAAACGUUACUAGUAGCGAGAAUGCUGCUGCUCCCAUUAAUACUGUUGCUGCGAAUCCUACGCCGAGUACAAGCAAUGCAAAAAUUACCGGAACCAUUCCAAAGAUAAGAAUCAAAUCAAAGAAAGAUCAAAACAAUCACAACAGUAACUCCGAUCAAUCCGAAAGCGACACGUCAGUAAACCGAGUCACGAAACCGUCUCUGCAGUGGCUAUUGGUUAACAAAUGGCUUCCCAUGUGGGUUGGUCAAACUCCUCCUGAUUACAAGUUCAUAGACUUCAACUUCAUGUUUUCUCGAAAUUGUGAUGGCUGUGGCAGCACUACUAAUCAUCAAGAGCUAAUGAAGCUGAACGGGCAAGAUGAAAUCCAAUCGCACGAGUACGGAGAUUAUAUUCCUCCGGCCAGGGAAUAUCCCACAAUGAACGGAAGCUACCCACGAGUGCUUCGUAACGUGCCCCAGUUGUCCCGUUUGCGUGAACAUGAAUAUGAAAACGUUCCGGUAGAAUCACCUUCCUCCGGAAGGAGUGAAUAUGCUAGCCCUAGUUCGGCAUUUUGUCACUUCAAUAGAAACCGACCGCAAAGUCCUGCUCGAUCAGGCCUCGCUCGUCGAGUUGAUCGACCUGGAGCACCCGUUGAUUCUUUGAGAAACUGGUCGUUCAAUUUCGAGGACAACACAUUUCGACCUGCAGGAGCGUCAGUUUAUUGCGACUCAUCCAGACCUCGCGAAAUACGAAGAAUUACGGAUGGAACAUUCCGUUCUAGCGAUUUCCAAAAUGAUCGAAACCCUAUCAACAGGGAGCCAUCCAGAGAAUCCAACAGCACUCCACCAGUAAUACUUGUUAACGAUGCACAAGCUCCUCGAUCCAGCACUCCUCCCAAAGCUAUCGCUCAAAUUGAACCGGAACCAUCUUCAUCAGAUUCAGAAAAUUAUGUAAUGGAUUCUCUAGCAACCGAAGCCGGAUGUUCCGGCGAUAACACAAACAGCAGUAACAGUAGCGUUAGCAGUCAGUUAGUUGACCACCCCGAGGCAUCAAACCAUCAAACCUCGGCAGCGGAAGUCCUGUUGAAAGAUAAGGAAAACGGUUCAUCGGCUGAAACAUCAGAAUCUUCGAAUUUCGAAAAUGCCAUGGAAUCAUCCGCGUCCGAUGACGAAAAUGACGAGAACGUUGAAGCAUUGUAAAUCUCGUAUCAUUUCUCUGUUUUUCCAAAGGCUUUUACACCUUCGAUAAUUUUAUGGACUGAAUUUUACAUAGGAACUAAUUUGAAUUGUUUCUCCUUUGAACUAGAUUUUCAUUUGUUUAAUCUCAAUCCUUCAGCUUGCUCAAUAUUUAUUCAAAGCUAUUUAUGUUAAAAUCUUUUUACCACUUUUUUGUUUUCUUUCUACAUAUAUUUUAUUGCACGCUAGAUGCAUUUCUUAGCUCAUUACUGUGGUUUGGAGGCAUUUUAAGUAGUACGUAGCAGUUGCGACAAAGACAUGUUUGAAGUGUAGUUGUAACCGUGAUAAAUUACAAUAAAAGGUACAUUCUAAGUGUCGGUUAAGCUAACUUCUCAAAAUACUUAUCACUGUAGGGCCUAUUAGCCAACAUUGAAUUACUCAUGUAUACCCACUAACGUUCAGUAGUAGUAGCAGCAGGAGGGAUUCGAUAUCGAUAGUCAAUUGUUGAACAAAACAAGCUAAAGUACCGAAUAAUAUAAACAUGCACAACAUAAUUCCAUUUUCAAAAUCAGUUAAAAUCUUAAUAGUCUAGUACAAACAUGUCAAUGAAACGAAAGAAUAUGAAAAAAAAAUCCUACACAUUCACAUCGGCAGUAGUAAGUUUUGUCCACAACAGCUGUUAACAAUUUCAACGCCCUUAAAAAGUUGAAAACUAUUUUUCUACCCUUUCAUAAAACAAAUAAGCUAAACGUAUCACAAUAUGAAGUAACUCGUGUAUAUAGACAGUCGAUAACUGUAACUAAAGAACGAUGAUUCCAUUUCCAAAGUCCCUCCUCGAUACGAAUUGGUUGUUCGAAAUAUCAUUACUUUAAAAUUAUGUAGUACAUAGUAUAGCUGUACACAAGCAGUGGUUAAACCGUAUAUUGCAAUAAAUGGUAUCGACUAAAAGAA